UGGGCAUGCGGCGGCAGGCCCCCGGCGCCGAAGCCUUUUGUAUCAGGGGGGAAUGGAAGUAUCGGUCAGUAUUUCCAAAUGUACAAGCAGUUUCAACUACUACCAGCAAAUUCAGCAUGACAUCCAUCAAAAUUAGUGCUUCUUGUCUUCCAUAUAGUGUUUAUGUCCGAACUUAUUUUCCACAAUCAUCUCAGCGUUGCUUCUUCUCAUCACCUCCGCCCUCAUAUUCUUCAUCUCUUCAAAAAGUACCCGUCCAUGAGAUUGAAGCCGAGAUCACUCCAAUCUCAAGCCCACUCUACAAUUUUCUCCCGGAUACAGAAAAUCCUAACAAAACAGUCGCCCUCGUAUGUUCUUCCUUAAAGCAGAGAAACCCAAGAGGCGCCAGCCUAAAAGAGGAGCUUUCUAGUCGCGUGUUAACAAGCUCCGAGAUCUCAAAGGUCCUCCUGCGAUGUCAAUCCGAUUCUCACGCCGCUCUUUCCUUCUUCGAUUGGGCCAGAAGCAUCAACGGCACUAGUAACAGGUUAGACACGCUCAACUACUGCCUUAUGGUCCACAUAUUGGCUUGGUCUAGAAAUUAUUCCAUGGCAAUGCAGACUCUAUCCCAGCUUGUCCAGCUGACUACCACGGCGGCAAAGGGGGAUUCUGUUUUCACUGGCUUGAUCCAUGGUACCCGGAUGUGCAACUGGAGUCCUGUGGUGUUUGAUAUGCUUAUUAGGGUUUACGUCAGGGCUGGAAUGCUAAAACGUGGAUUUAAGACAUUUCAAAAUGUCAUCAGAAUGGGGGUUUCGCCCAAUGUCAUCACAAUUAAUAUCCUCUUGAAUGCUCUCUCCCAGGCAAAUCAUUUUUCGAAUUGCUGGAAAGUGUAUGCCCAAAUGGAGAGAAUUGGGGUGAGCCCGAACUCAUGCACUCUCAACAUCAUGAUUCAUUCCCUCUGCAAGAGCGGGGAUGUGGACAUGGUGGAUGAUUUUCUUGAAAGAAUGGAAGAAGAAGAAGGAUUGGGACCCGAUAUCAUUACCUAUAACAUGUUAGUUGACAGUUAUUGCAAGAGAGGGCGACUAAAAGAUGCAGUUUAUCUGUAUUACAUUAUGUACAAAAGAGGAGUGCCCCCAGAUUUAAUAACCUAUACUUCCUUGAUUAGUGGUUUCUGCAAGGGAGGAAAUGUCAAAGAUGCUCAUCAGUUGUUCCUCAGAAUGAUCCAUAAAGGUUUCAAACCAGAUUCUAUUUCGUACAACACUCUUUUGCAUGGAUACUGCAAAGAAGGAAUGCUGCAUGAGGCCAAGGCUUUGUUUCAUGAUAUGAUUCAAAAUGGAGUGGGCCCUGACAAUUUCAGUUUGCAGAAACUACUAGAAGGAUAUAGGGAACAUGGGAAACUUAUCUCAGCGUUGAAUUUGAUUUUGGAGCUCCCGAAGUUUGGGCUUUUAAUAUCUCAUGAGAUACAUGAGUACAUGAUUGUAGCUCUGUGCGCAGAUAAUAGACCAUAUGCCGCCAAGAAUAUCUUGGACCAUAUAUCUAAACAAGGGUUUGAACCAAACAUGGUAAUAUACAGAGAGUUAAUUGUUUCUUUUUGCAAUUGCAACUAUGUGGAUGAGGCACUGUGUUUGAGAGACGAGAUGGUGGGUAAAAAGUUCAAGCUCUGUUUGGAUUCAUACAGAGGGAUCAUUAAUGGUUUGUGUGUAUCAAGUCGAAACCUAGAGGCAAAUUCCAUCUUGCAAGAAAUGAUUGAUUCAGGGUUGGAACCAGACACUGAAAUUUGUAGAGCCUUGAUUACAGGACAAUGUGAUGAUAAGAACUUUGAUGAAGCGCUGUUCUUACUAAUCCGGUUUGCUGAAAAUUUUCAAGUUUUUGAUUCAGUUUGUUAUAACAAAGUUGUGUGUCUUCUUGGUGAGAAAGGCAAUGUUGGUGAGUUAAUGGAAUUUCAAGAGAAAAUGAUGAAAAUGGGGUUUACACCGAGUCAACUGACUUGCAAAUAUGUUGUUGGCGGGCUCCACAAAGCUAUGAAGUUUCACAAACACUAACAUCACGAUGCACUGGUCAACAUUUAUGCUCCUUAAGCAUCAUACUUUUUCUACCUUGUGUGACCUUAGCCUUCAACACUAUUCAGUGGGUCAAAUCCCUAACCUAGUAAGGUUUCAUAUAGGCCCUGAUUCUUGACAGAAGCAGACAAGCAGUCAACUGCUUGAGCUGAUGUAUGUUUGGUGCUCGCUCUUUCCGUCACAUUAUAUGUUCCUCCCUCCAUUCCACAAUUAAAUUCUCACUUGCCACUCUCCUUUUUGAGAUUUCCCAAAAUCAAGUUCUUACUUCUCUUUUUGGUACUAUUUGAAUGGAAAAAUACACUUUUACCCAUAUUCAGUAAGAUCUCCAAAAAUUUACAUGACAGAGGUAUACACAUUUUUUCAUUCAGAACCAGAAUCAUUGAUAACUGAUUCCGGAAUUGCAAUUAGAGGAACCAGAAACAAACCGGUUGUAUAAUGUUCGGUUUAAGGUUGUUGGAGACGGGUGGUUCCUAUGUGGUAAUCACCCGUUUGAGCCACUUUUUAAUGUGACAUUUCGUUUAUAGCUCCAGCCACAUUUUUUAAAUUUUUUCAUAUUUAAACUUUUGCCUUUUCACUUUUUUUUCUGCUAAACUUUUUUUAUUUAAAAAAGUUAUCUCUUACAACUAAAACCUAACCCCUAAAUCCAUUUAGAUCGAAGUUGUCUGGAGAUUGAUGUUAGGCGCUGGUAAUUCAAGCUUCACACUUGCCGAUUUCAAUCCGAAGAUGGAGGAGUAUCUAUCUCCCAGUAACUCGUCUCGUAUCAUCUUCUUCGCAAACGCAUAAUAGAUCACGUUCUCAUCAAAAUCUCAACCUCAGAGUCUAUCUUCUUCUCAGAAAUACAUAGGUAGAUCUAUCCAAGUCUCACCAAGUUCCUUAGAUCAAAUUCUGUCUGCUGCCUAUGCCUCUGACGGCACUAGCUUUUGAUUGAAUACAACUUAAUGGUGGCCCUUCCCGAGCUUCGAAAAGCAAUCUACUACUCUUCCCCACUCUUUGCACCUCUAGGCGAAAUCAGCUCUUUUAUCUUAUUCGAGUAGCGACACAUAUAAAGCAGCAUCGAAGAACAUCGAUUAGCGCUCCCGAGAUGAACACCAACAGCAAACAAGUGGCAACAGCACUUGAUAUAAACUAUUUUUCUCACUCCAUGUACAGUGAGUGUGGAUGUGAAUCAGUGAGGAUGGGGCAUUUUGCCUAGAGUGCAGCUGAUCGGUUGGCUCUGAUUGAGCACUAAAAAACUCCAGUCUUCACCAAAUUUUAGUAUGUUGCUCCUGCAAUAGACCUUCUCAUAUCCUAUGAUCUCAAGUCUUGCAAAAUCAUUACACAUGCUCAUAUGAAUGCUACCGCAUAAAGCACCCAACAGGCAAUCUGCCGAUCACAUCGAGGCUCAAAGAAGACCGAAUGGAUGAUCGAUGGUUGUGUAUAUGGAUAGUAGUAUAUCUAGAAGGAAGUUAGGAUUGAUAGACUAAAAUCCAGGAGAAUUGUUGGAAUAUAGAUAAGGAGAAUGAUUAGCUUAUUUAAAUUUAUUACAUUCCAAGUUAGGCAUAGAAUAAGAGUAGCUCGUGGCAUUGGCAUAGAAAUUCAUAUUUAAUCCCUCAUAUUGUAAUAACGGAUUGUAUGCAAGAAAAGCAAUUUUCUCAUCACUUAUUAUCCUUCUACCAUCUUCCCUUCAUAUCUAAUUUUUUAUUUCUAUGUGGAGCCCGGAGCUCCUUGAAAGGCAGUAACUUAACAACUGGUGCUUUCUUUGAGAUGGAUGAGUCAAUCUGUCACAUUUAAAAAAAUAGAGGCAAGUAAAUCAUAUGCAUCAUAUUUUACAGUUUGUUUUUGAACUGUAAUGGAUUUAUGAACUCAGAUUGCUAAUGGAUUUAUUUUGGAAAAGACAUCAUCUCGGGUGUUCUUUUGAAUGGUAUAAAUAAAUAAGAUAAAGAGAGAAUAUCUUUGAGUGGUGUCUGGAUGCCCUUGUUUAGGUAUAAAUAAGAUAAAGAGAUAUUUUUUAUGUCAUGAUUCCCUGUGCUUCUUUUUUAAUAAUGUAAAAUUGUGGUGUUCAUUGAUCAAGUAGUAAUUCAUUGAUGUAAAACUGUGCUGUUCAUAUAAAACAAGUCUUUUUUACUUAUUUGAUUGUUUUAUAUGGUUCCUUGUAAUAAUCCAUUAUGGAGUUGUGUAAUAGUGAUUGUAUUCUCAUUGCAGGUGUAUGAAUGGAAAAGAACUACAUGAAAAUGAUGAUAAUAGGAUUGAAUGCUUCAUGGUUUUAAAAAAAAAAAAGAUUAUCGAGGAGAAUAAAGACAAGACUUACAUUUGAUGAAGUGUGUGUUGAUCGAGAGACAUGUAAAGAAGAAAGAAUGAUAAGAACAAGUAAAAGUGUGUAAAUAUUUACACACAAAUUAUAUAAUAGAGAUUUGUGCAGAGGAGAGAGAAAUAACAUGAGUCACAAAUUGAUUUAUUAAAAGAGAAAUUGACAAUGUUUUUAAUACAACAAAAAAAGGAAAGUUUACAAAGUUAUAAGGGACGGAGGGAGUACUAUUUAGUUGAAUAGUUAAUAAUUAUACAAUCAUUUUACACCUAUAGCAUGAAGAUUGAAGAUCAUACGAAGUAGUAGUUAAGUUUAUGCAUCUCGAUAGAAUCAUAUUUUACCAAACUCCUUUCAUCACUAAUUCGAUGUAAUCCUGUUAUGAGGUGUAUAUAUCCCGAUUUUUUGGAACAUGAAAAUACACUUUAUUAUCUUGCAUAUAUGGUAUUUACUCAUAGGUUACAAAUCCAUCCAGAUUAAAUAAAUUUAUCGUAUGUGAUAAUAAAUGAGACACUAGCAAUUUUACACUAGGAAAGUGUUUAUUUCGCUGUUAAAGUCACAGUUAAAUUAGUAAGACAGGUGAAGUAAACAUACAAACUGCUUAAAAAGUUGCUUACUAACCGAACGAGGUGCUUAAAGUGCCGCUUACUAAAUAUACCACACCCCAUGUAUUAAUUAAGCGGCACUUUAAGCUUUUUCAGUUUUCGAAUUUACUCUUACCCCUUCUCCUUACCUUAUUGUUACCCUUUACCCGCUACCCCUCUACCCACCCCUACCCUACCUUACCCCGACCCCAACCCUACCCCCCGACCAUAACCCCUACCCCUACCCCACGGUAGGCCCCCCCCUUACCCUACCCCUUUACCGCCCACCACCUGCCCUAUCUCGACCCCACCCCGACCCUUGCCCUUACCUCGACUCCACCCUGACCCCACCCCCUACGGGUUAGUGUAGGAUUAGGGGUAUGGGUAGAGAGUAAGGUCGAGGUAAGAUGGGUAGGGAAGGGGUAGGGGUCAGGGGUAUGAGUACGUGCACGAGGUGACCCCCACAUAUUAUAUUAUAUAUGUGUGUUCAUGAAUGCUUGUGUGUUAUAUAUGUAUAGGGUUAUUUUGGACAUUUUAAUGUUAAACAGUGUUAUACAUUCUUUGAAGUAGGGGUGGACCGGUUCCGGUUCGCGCCCGGCCGGGCCUCGGUUCAGAAAAAUGAGGCCCGAGCCCGAACCGGUGGUGGGCGGUUCCGGGUCCAGUUCCGGGCCAGACCGGGCCGGGCCACCCAGAUUUUUUUUUCUUUUUUUUCUUCUUCUCUUAUUUAACCCCCUACCCCUCCCUCUCCACUUCAAACCACCUCAAUUGGCCCAAAAUACCUAAUCCAACCCAAAACUUAAAAAAUUUCAAAAAAAUAAAUAAAUAAAUUCCGGCCCGAACCGGGCCCGGCCGGGCCGGUUCACUAAAUUGGAGGCCCGGGCCCGGACCGCUAUACCACCGGGCCGGGAGGCCCGAACCGGGCACGAACCGGUUCACCGGGCCGGUCCGGGCCCGCACAGUAGCGGGCCGGUCCGGUUUCGGGCAGGUUGGCCCGGCCCGAGUCCAUCCCUACUUUGAAGUAAACAUGAGUUUACAACACUGCUUAUUUUAUGUGCUGCUUAUUAACUCGAGUCUUAUAAGCACCGUUUAGUAACCCGUGAAGUAAACGUGUUCUAAAUGUAGGGUACCAAUUAAAGAGGUUUUCAAACAAUUAUAACAUGUUUAUUGAACUUUACACAAGUGAAUAAAAUAUCGAGUAAUAACAUGCUACAUACACAUUCAUACGUAAAUCACUAGUGCAAAAAAGGCUUUUUACAUCAUAUUAUCUACAUGUGUUAGCCCAAAACCCAUGUAGAAUACUGACAUGGGGUCUUUUUUAUAAUUUUUAUAAACGUUUUCACAUCAGUUGUGUAUUUAACCGAUGUUAAAUUGUGAAACGGGGUAUUUUUUAAAUUUUUCUAAAUAUUCUACAUCGAGUUUUAGUGCAACCGAUGUUAAUAGAAAAACGGGGUAAAUUUUAUAAUUAAUAAAAUUAUAUUUUACAUCUGUUAACACCGAUGUAGAAAGGGUACAAUAAAAAUAUUCGUUCCUAAUUCCAGAUCGGUUAAUUAUACGGGGUAUGAAUGAUGCUAUAGGCUGGUUGUAAUCGAUCCCUAAGUUAACCUAGCAUAAAUUCAGCUGCCCAGACUAGGACACCGAACUGCGACACCCGCCUGCGGCACAGGACUGCGACACUCGCCUGUGGAAUCGAUCUGCCACACCCGAUUGCGACACUCGCCUGUGGAAUCGAUCUGCCACACCCGAUUGCGACACUCGCUUGCGGCACCGAACUGCUGACAUUCCGGCGUCCAGUGCAGGCCACGACUUCGUACCUUCAUUGGACGGCGUUUGCGAGCAGGUGCAGUAGACCAACGUUCGUGAAUGAGCUGAGCAGUAGGACGCCGUGCGAGAGAGCUUAAUGGAGUUGUCUCAGGCAGCUAUUUCAGAUUUUUCAGUCACCAAACAUCAGCACAGGUAGAGUCCUCCAGUUAAUGUGAGUUUCUUUAAGUUUCUUCAAGUCAUCUUUAUGUUUCUAUUUAGUUCUUUAAAUCAUAUCAUCGAUUUCAGUUUUGUAUUCCAUGUAAUGUGAUUUAUUAAUCUAUCUAUUUGAUGAAUUAAUUUGAGAUUUAUUUCAGUUUCUCUAAGUCACAUAAAUCAGCCAAUGUUUCUUUAAGUGAUCUUAUUGCUUUCAGUUUUGUAUACCUUGUAAUAUGAAUUAUAAAUCUAUCUAUUUGAUGAAUUAACCUGAGAUUUAUAUUGAGUUUCUUUAUGUCACAUGAAUCAACCAAUGUUUCUCUAAGUAAUCUUAAUCAUUGAGGUCAAGCCAAUGAAUCUGCAACCUCCCGUGACCUUCGAGGUUAGCGGCUUCCAGUGGAGCAAGUGGUGAGCAGAGCAGGGGAAUGAGCAUCCUCAGUUGGAGCAAGUAAUUCCAGUAUCUAUAGACCUUCGAUCCGUAGUCGAUUGCCAGUGCUAAAUGUGGUUGGUAAGCACGUGGUAUGAUAAUAUCACCGUGCUAGUCCACCUUCUUUGGUCUGACUGCUUCGUCGGUCACUGCCCCAGCUCUUAUAUUUUUAUGAUGCAUUGUGAUAAUGGGUGGUGCAUGAGAAGAACUUUGAGGUCAUAAAGAUCCCUUUUGUAGACUGAUGUGCUGUGAAGAUGGGCUGAACUCUAAAGAGCUAAUGCAUUUGGGUAUUUCCAAUGCAAGUUGCGAUUUGGCGGGCUGGAAGCUGUGAUGGGCAAGUGAGCUGCAAGCAAGGUUCACCGGAGGUGAACAAGUAGUCAAGGAUGUGAGGCGUGCUGCGAGUUGGGGACCGUAGUCACUGUACUGAAUUGAAUUGGCGGUAAGCAAACAAAGUAUGCGGCUGAACAAACUCUGUGCUUUUCAGCUUCUGGCAAUCUGGCUUCUGCCUUCUGCUAAGUUGCUCGCCUCUGCCAGGUUAUGUAUGCCUAUGUAUCAAAUCAUAAUUCAAAGUGGUGGGUCGUUGAAAUGGUCAAACGAAGGAAGUAAUUUUAGCUCCUCAAAAUUUGUUCAGAUUCUACCUCUGCCAGUUCCAUUCAAAGGUAUAGAUCAGAGAGACAAAUGGUUUAAGAUAUCGUCAUCUAUGGUCCUGUGCAAUAAACCAUAGGGCAUAACCGAGACAACUAGAAACCAAUAAAAUGGUGCCACAUGUCCAAUGUUGACUUGUUUUGCAAUAAACAAGUCAGCUGCCCUGUGUCCGAUUUCGACGCUCGUCUGGAGCCAGCUGCCCUGCUCGUGGAGGUAGAACUCGACGACCCUUCGGACAGGAAGGUGUCCAUUGGUGCUGACCUCGAGCCUAAGAUCAGGGACGGGGUCAUAGCCGUCCUUCGGAGAUUCAAGAUCCUGUUCGCCAGAGGGCUGGAGGACAUGCCAGGCAUUGACCCAAAUCUCAACAAACGAGAUUGCGUGAUAGGAAGAGAGUGAUAUCAUUGUAUUUGAACCGGUUUAACACUUGUUUUCACACUUGUAUUUUAGUGAGCAUAGUAUUGCAUAAUAGUGUACAUCAAAAUCUUGUGUUAACUGGCAGAAUAGAAGCAAUAUUAUCUAUCUUUGUAAUUUUCAUUCACCAUAUAUACCUAUUUAUAUAAUAAUUUAUACUUCGUACAUUCAUAUUUAUGUAGUAACAUAUUUUUUAGAAGUACUUGUUAGGUUUGUUAAUGUAGCUGACAAGAUUUGAAACCAUACACCAUAAGUGGAUUUAUUUAAUGGGGUACUUUUCUAAUGCUUGCAUUGCUUUGUAGUAUGUAUUUUAUUGUUUGAUCUUUUCUCCUGAUGCUUAAAGAAUAUGGGUUAUUGUCAUUUAUUAAAAUGUCAUGUUGUUUUACUCAGGAGCCUGUGGAAAUUAGUAUUGAAGUAGAGAAGAGCAAUAUAAAAAGUAAUGAAGAAAAAAUUCAAGAUGUCUGGGAAAGGACCUUAUAUUAUACCAGAGAACAAGCUACAAAAAUUGCAGAAUCUGUCCAAGAAAUCAAGAAGCGAUUUGAGCAUGAUUGCAAAGGAAAUGGACAACGAAAGUAAAGAAUAUUUUGCUAAAGCUUUGAGAAUUCUUCUGAACCUGUAAAGGAUAUUGUCGAAACAUUUGUCUAAAAAUAUGUAUUCAUAUUUUUAUUGCCAAGCCUAUAAAUUGUUCAAAGUACUUGUGCAAGGCUUGUUUUAUUUUAGCUUAUUAUUAUGUACUAAAUUGUUACUUAAAGUUGUUUAGCAUUUUUGGAAGAAUUGAAAAAUAGUGUGUUAUUGUUUUAGAUUAAUCAAGUGAACAGGUGCAAAA